AUGUCCACAUCACCAGAAGCAUCGGCAUCUGUUCCACAAGAAAGUGCCAGUGGCUCACCCAGCCCUGUUCUGUCGGGCCCUGAGACAGAAGCCAAGCAUGACAUCGACAGCCAGAAAGACGAGGAAAAGAACGAAGAAACCCGACCAAUUGAGGAACCGAGAAUGGACGCGUCCAAGUCGCAACCUCAUGAACCUGAGCAAGAUGAACUAACAUCUGCACCACCGCUCCCCGCUGAAGUCCCACCACCACUUCCCACCGAGGCUCCACCUGCACAGGUCGAGGACGAUGGAUGGGAACCUGCAUGGGACGCCACCGCAGGGGCAUAUUACUUUUACAACCGCUUUACUGGAGUUUCCCAGUGGGAAAACCCCCGCGUGCCAGAAGCCUCAGCAGUCCCAGCAAUCCCAGCAGCACCCGGCACAGAAGUCAGCCACGACGCAGCUCCGAGAAAGGAACCAGUCCUCGGUGGCUACAAUCCCGCGAUCCACGGCAAUUAUGACCCCACCGCAUCGUAUGCGCAAUAUCACGAAGAGCCAGCACAGGCUGCACAGCCCGCGAACGCACUCGGGUUUGAUCCCUCCACGGCAUAUGCAGCUACCGGCACAUUCAACCGCUUCACUGGACGAUGGCAACCUGCAACAAUCAAUCCGGAUAAUCACAAUGAUGAGAACAAGUCUCGCCGACAGAUGAACGCUUUCUUCGACGUUGAUGCGGCAGCAAAUAGCCAUGACGGCCGGAGUUUGCGCGCAGAGCGCAGCGCUAAGAAAUUGACCAAGCAAGAGUUGAAGCAGUACAAGGAGAAGCGUCGUGAGAGAAAGGAGGAGAAGAGGCGGGCUUGGCUCAGGGAUUAG